AUGUCAUCUAAAAAAGAUUCUGCUACUUCAAAUGAACCCACGGCACAUAAACCUCCCGUAUGUGGUGGUAUUGGUGGUCUGAGACCAGUGAAUGAAGAAGAUUUACAAGUUUGGGAUAUGUACAAAGAACAUUUGGAAAAAAAAAUUCAAGAUCAAUUUAAAGUACC